AUGCUUGCCCGGGUGCCCUUCGUACUUCUGACCUUCUGCGUCUCGUUGUCGCUGGCUCGUACUAAAAACCCCAAACGUGGUUUAGGCUAUGCGGGCACCGUCCCGGGUGAUAUAAUCAACGCCAACCAGACGAACAGCUUAAUCUCUUGGGAAUAUAACUGGUCUAAUCUCCCGCCAGACUAUCUUGCGACCUCUAAUAUUCCUUAUGUUCCUAUGCAAUGGGGCUCUGUUGGCAUUGAUACAUUUGCAGAUAAUGUGAAGGCUCAAGGGGCGAAAACGAUUUUGUCUUUUAAUGAACCUGAUUUUGACCAAGAGUCUAAUAUCCUUCCUGAAGAUGCUGCUAAGUUGUGGAUGCAGUUUUUGGAACCCUUGAAAGCGUCGGGCAUUCGUCUCGGAGGCCCCGCUGUCACAAACUCUCCCACAGGCCGUCCGUGGCUGGUGUCCUUCCUGCAGGCUUGCUCGAAUUGCACUAUCGAUUUCCUACCUUUACAUUGGUAUGGUUCCGGAUUGGACUCUUUUUAUGGCUACAUAUUUGACGUCCAUAAUCAAUUUCCUCAAUAUCCAAUCUGGAUCACCGAAUAUGCUGAGACGUCGCCAAAUGACACAGUUGUAUUCAAUUUCAUGAACGCAACAAUCACCGCCAUGGAUUCAUUGUCCUGGAUUGAGCGGUACUCCUGGUUUGGUUAUUUCCGUCCACGACCAGAUGUACACUACAACAUGCUUGAUGACAAUGGCGGACUGAAUGCCCUAGGCCAGCUUUACCUUGGAGCUAAAACCGUCCAUACUGAGGUAGUGACCUCUGCCCCCACCCCUACCUACCACACAGUCAAUGGUGCAGACAAUCCCACUCAAGCUCCAGCCACCACAUGGCCUGCUCUGUUGAAUUCGUCCCCUAGACGUGUAUCGGUCCCCGAAGGUUUACAACUACUCAGUCUUUUAACGGCGAUGGCGGGCAUUCUAUUUGGUCUGAUGUGGAACGCAUUGUAG